CCUUCUGGGGAUGGAGCAUUUCUUGGUGGAGCCAGUAUUCAGAGGAUAGAGGUUUGGGAAGUGGGGGCAGGGAAGGCUGAGGACAUGGCAGGGAGGAAAGCACAGUGGCAGAUGGAUUUAGAGCACUCUCUGAAGUCUGGAGAACCCUGAAGGCAAAGACCUUGAGAGCCAGACUCCCAGGCUGGAGUGAAUCCUAUCCAAGCCAUAGGGGAUGUGCAGACGUGCAGCACCUAACGGACCCACUGAAGGCAGCAGGAGUGGAUACACAAUGCGCCCGCUGUGGUUCAGGUGGCUGGCCAGAAGGGCCUAGACGAUGCGGGAUAGUGGGAGAAAUGGAGAAAAGGAGGGUGGGGUGGGCAAAAAUGGGAGAUAAGAGCCCACAGUGGGAGUUAAAGAGCUGGAAGAGUUUUGGAAAUGGAGGAUCUGGAGGGAGAGUUGGUCAAGGAGUGACUUAAUCUGAACUGUACUCAGAGGGACGGGAACAGGCACGAGCCCCAGGCGCCUCCGUUUACUCGGCCACACUUGAAUUGUGGCCGUCUGCAGCCCUUGGGGCCGGGCCAGGGCUUCCCCAGCGAGGGGGCUGUCGGGACCCCCGGGGCCCCGAGCUCGCGCAGCGCGGCGGCUGAAGACACGCCCGGUCCGGCGGCGCUGGAGGCGGGCGGGCGAGCGCCGUGGUCGCCCUUCCUCCUCCUCCUCUCCCGCCCCGAGCGGAAGGCCCGCGUCCGGCGGGAGAACGAGUGUCCACCUCCUGGGCCCGGGGCUAAGGCGGGAGAGCGGCCACCACGGGGCGGAGUGGGGGGGGGCGAGGCGCGGGCGAUCCCCGGGGCAGCGCCGCCACUCCGCGCUCCCGCCCCCGGUGGCCGGACGUGGCACCUCCCCGCGGCGGCCGGAGCCCGGAGGUGGGGUCGGGAGCCGGAGCCCCGGGGCUGGUGUGACCGCGCGGCCGCCGGCGCCCAGAAGCGCGUCUCGGGCUGGAGUUCAGUGAACCCAACAGGAAAGGCCCCGAAAUGCGCCGGCCAGCGGCCAUCCGCUCCCCCGGCGUCCCCGGAGUCCCGCUGUCGCGCCACACCGCGUGACUCUGCCGCCCCCUGCGGUCGCCAGGCUAGUGCCUCUCUCCUGCCUCGGCCUACAAGAGCUUGGAGCCCCAGGCCCCGCGGAGCUGGCCUCAGCACUCAACUGCGCAGCCAUGGAGGCCCCGGCGCCUGGGGGCGACCGCGCCUCCCCAGCCUCGUCCACUCGCAGCCUGGACCUGCGGCGGCUGUCCGCGCGCGCCGACUCGGCCUACAGCGCUUUGUCCGCGGCCUCCGGCGCUCCCGAGCCGGCCACGCCGUCGCCUGGGACCGACCUCCUCCCUUACCUGGACUGGGACUACGUGCGCGUGGUGUGGGGCGGCCCGGCCCCCGCCAGCGGCCUUCGCACGUCGCCGCAGCCCCGCCGCGGGCCGCGGCCGCCGGAGCUCCGGGGGACGCCGGGGCCGCUCAGCCGCCAGGCCACCCCGCUGCUGUUUGCGCUGGCGGCCGAGGCGGAGGCGGCGGCGCGGGCCGUCGAGCCGCCCAGCCCGCCGGCCUCGCGGGCCGCCUACCGCCAGCGGCUGCAGGGCGCCCAGCGGCGAGUGCUGCGGGAGACGUCCUUCCAGCGCAAGGAGCUCCGCAUGAGCCUGCCCGCCCGCCUGCGGCCCCCCGCGGCGCACCCGCGCUCCGCCUCGCUCAGCCACCCGGGCGGCGGCGGGGAAGUGGAGCCGGCGCGCUCCGGGGCUCCCUCGAGGGGAACCGCUGGCCGGGGGCGCCUAGCCACCCAGCAGCGGAAGUGGUGCUUCUCGGAGCCAGGGAAGCUAGACUGCGUGGGUCGGGGCGGUGGAUCCGCCGGGGAAUGCUCGAGUGAGGCCGGCUCCAGUUCUGGCAUUGCCAGGCCCGAGCCCCAGGAGCGUAGGGUGCUGGCAGAAUUCGAAGGUCGCCGGCACAGAUGGCCGCCUGAAACCCAGCCCCGAGCCAUAGAGGACCCAGAACCUCGGUCCCUGAAGCUCGGUGACGCCUAUAGACCUUCUAGUCGGAGUCGGAGCGCUUCAGGGGAAGUCUUGGCUCCCUGGGGAGGUCCAGGAGGGGUCAUGCCCCUUGUCCAGGCUGUUCCUCACGGAGCAGAAACCCCCAGACCAUUGUUUCAGACCAAACUUGCCAGGUUCCUGACUCAAAAGGAAGCCGCAGUGGUGUGUCCUGCAGAGUAUCCCCAGAGCAGUCCCAUUGGCUGGGAACAGAGGGUCUCAGAGACAUGCAUGGGGUCUGCCGGGCUCCCAUCCCUUCCAGAUGAUGAGGUUUUCCUGGAAGAAGUCCCCCUGGACAGAAGGAGAUCACCUCCAGACACCCAUGCCCCCCCAGGAAACCCACCCAGUGUCCAUGUCUCUGACCAGCAGUAUGGAACUGGCUCGGGCCAGAGGGCUGACCAGGCUACAGUCUCCCUGGAGCGCCCCCUCCAUGAGCACCCAGAGACUGCAGGGGCAGAUGACUGCUGGCAGAGGAUAAAUGGUUCUAUGGGUGUCUCUAAGACCAUAAACUACAGCCCACCCAGGACUGCAAAUGGUGACAUCGCAACCUUUGACCCCAGUGGACGGCUGACCAUUGACUCACUUGCAGCUGCAGAGAGUGACUCUCUCAAACCUCUCCCAGCUGAUGCCCUGGGACCUCCAAGCAACAAUACCCCGGGUGCUCCUGGCCAUACCGCCCUGGCUUGGGGCACUGGCCAGCCUGCUUCCAGGCCAACAUGGCCCAGUCCUCGCCUUGAGGAGCUGGUUCGGGAGCUGGCCAGACUGGAUCCCUCUAUGAGUGACACUCUCACUUCCUGUCCCAGCCCAGAGCCACCUCUGGACCUGCUUGAUGGGCUGAUUCCUUUAGCAGAGGUCUGGGCUGCCAUGAGGCCAGCCUGUGAGGAGGCCGGAAAGGAGGCUGGUGGUAGUCCUGAGCCAGGGUUCUAUCUAUUUAGCUCCAGCCAGUUCCUGCCAACUUGUCAGGAGGAGACAAGGUUUGGAAACCAUACCACCCACCUUGUGCCUGACCAGGCCUGUGGCCAGGGUCUCCCUGAUGCAAAUAACAGCAUCCAAGCCAAGAAAAUGGAGCUAGCCGACCUCCUCCAAAAGAUGCUGCGGAACCUUCAGGCCGAGCAGGAGCAGCUGCACGGGGCGGCCCAGGCUUGGGCCAGGCGCGGGGCCGCUCUGGAGGCCGCGGUGGGCCAGGCCUGUGCUCCCCGCGACCGAGAGCGGUUCAGCAGGUUCAUGGCCGAUCUAGAGCGCGUGCUUGGCCUGCUGCUGCUGCUGGGCAGUCGCCUGGCCCGCGUGCGGCGCGCCCUGGCCCGGGCGGGCGCAGACAGCGACCCGGACGAGCAGACUCUAAAUUGCAAACCGAAUAGGGAAGCGGCGUUCUGUCUGGAACAGCCUGCUCGGCACACCACGUCCCUCCGCGAGCGGCGGUGUAAACCUCCGGGAUCCUCGCAGGAACAGAUCGCGGUGCUGUUCAUUCACAUGUAAAUCAGAAGCUUGGGUGGAAAUAAACACGUGAGGUCACCAGUGCUUCACAGAUUCAAGUCCAGAGGUGUGACAGUUCUGGAAGGGUAAGGCCAGGACAAGAGAUUCAAGGCAAAAAGCAAUCUGGAGAGCAAUAAAAAGUCUAUUUGUCAAACUAUUUUAAAAGGCCAAAUAAUUUCUUCCAGGAAAAGGCCAAAAAAGGGGGAGAAUAUGGGUUCUGAGUGGGCCCAGCUUUAGAACUGUGUUGAGGAGUGCUUUCAGUCCAGCUGGCUGGAUGACAUCUGUUUAGGUCUAGAAGAUAGGGGUAGGGAUGCUACGGGAAUAUGCAUUAAGAAAGACAUUUUGAUGUCUAUUUUCAACUAAAGUGAUAUCAUACAGAAUGUGAGAUAAUCUCCCUUUGGUGGGAAUAUACAUUUUUCCCAUCGGAGUCCAUUGUUAUUUAUGUAUACAAAUACGAACAUGGUUAAAGAAUGGUGAUCUUGUAAAGCAAAGCCACAAAUGAGAGCUAUUUGGUUUUGGAAUGCAGCCAGAUACCCCUGUGGGACUAACGGGCACCCCUGGUUAUAUUUCAAGAUGGUAUUGCAGUUCCCAAGGAGCUCUACCUACUUCCCUAUGCUGCACCCUCCUCACAGUCUGUAGGAUAGAUACUGCCAUUCUUGCGGCCGAUGGAAGAGGGAGAUAGAGCUUGGAGAACUGGGUGACUCACCUAAGGUCAAUAGAUGAGUAAGGGCUGAGAUGAGACCACCUUGCUUUUCUGCAGCAGGAUACUGUGAUGGAAAAGAGCACCAGGAGGCCAUCCCAGCUCUGACUGUUAUAGCUGUGAGGCCUGAACAAGUUACAGUUUCUCGAGGCUUCUGUUUCCUCACUUUAAAUUCAAGAUACCAACAGGACAUACCUUGUAAGGUUGAGAUUAAUACCCGCACAGUGAUUAAAACUGCUCCUGGUGCUUCACAAACCCAGGCUGUAUGUGCAUCACCCAUAUCCUGGUCUCCAUUAGGUAAGUGAGACAUGUUCUAGAACAACCUCCAACCUCCUUUAAAGGAAGUAUAAACCUUUAUUUAAAAGCUUGCUCUGGAUGACUCAUAAACAUCUAUAUAUAACAAUUAACUUCUCUCCCAUUAAAAGGAGUGAUUCUCUUCCCUGUGACAAUUCUAGCCAGCUAAAUUGCCUUAAUUUAUAAGCAACUUUUUUUUUGGUCAUUUGUUGAAAAUACCUCUCAUAGGUGUACCUCCUGCUAGGCAAUAAAUAGUUCUUGAAAAGUUUCCAUAUGUGUAUCAAAGUAUAAUUUCCUACUGACUUACAGUUUCAGAAAGUUUUGACCUGCAAGGAAAAAACGGUGGUUUCUAACACCUAAGUUUUAAGUUUACUGAUCCUAAACUCUUGCCAAAUGUUUUAUUUCACUCAGAAGGCUUGUAGCAUGCUUCUGAAACACAAGGAUUCUUCUGGCAGUUUAACCCUCCUCUGAUUUAAAUGUGUAAUAGACAUUGGUUAUUAUUACUUUGCUGGUUUAGAUUUUGUCUUUCUUAAGGCAGGUCAUACCUGUGUUUGUGACCUUUGUUAUCCUGUCUCAGUCAAGCCUCUCUUUUACCAUGGAAAAUCUCUAAUAUUUUAUUCUGUCUUCCAGACCUUCAGCAACUGAGAUUGCUAUAAUUAUUGCCUCCCACAAUUUUUCUGCAGAGGCAGAUUUAAUUUGCAUUUUUAAAUAAUUUAUGCAGCUUAGCUAGAGUUCCAGGCAAGGAAGGUGGGGAGGGUCAGAUCAGGGCCUGCAUUCAUCUGUUGUUUUUUUUUUGGAUGCUAUAUUCGUGUGUGGAUGCAGCCUGCAUUUAGCUGAUCAAUCCAAACUCUUUCAAUAACAGAAUGCCUGGAAGAGGCAGAAGAGGAUGAGGAGAAACUGAAGGAAUUAAGUAGAUAAAAAGACAAGAAAAAUACAGUAGCAAGAGCUGGAGAAUGUUUAAGGGAAGUACAUUAUCACACAAGCAGGAACAAAAUGGGAGACUUGUUUAUUUCAUUGCUUAA